AUGGUUUAUCAUAUUAGAACAAUAUAUUUCAAAACUGUUUAAAAUAACAGAAUUCUGUCUAUCACAUUAGGAUUAUUUUAAUUUUAUAUAGAAACAAAUAUGUUCAUUCACCUUGUUAGAAAGUCAUGUUAUUUUAAAAUACAUUUGCGAAUAAUAUUGCUCUCGAAUUUCUAUCCUUUAAAGAAUUCGAAACUUAAGGCUUAAAUAAAUAGCUAUCUUGAUUUUCAUCUUAAUGAAAUGAUAGAAAUCACAGAAUAUGAACUGAUUUUAUAAAAUAAUUAUAAUUAUUAAAUAAAGAAAAAUAAAUAAAUAUAGAUUAAUUGUUAUAAUUUUGUGUUAAAGUUUUUCUCAAUGAAGGAAAAUAUUAAUACAUCCAUAAUCAAAAAACUAUCUCAAUAGCUAAUUUAAAGUACUUUUUAUUAAUUAUUCUAUUGCUGUCAUCAAAUAUUAUUGUUAGUUGUGGCAAAUUAUGAAUUUAAUAGUGAAUAGAGAAAAUAAAAACUCUUUUUUAAGUUUACUUCAGAUCUAAAAAUAUUUAAUAGACAUUCUUGA